CGUUCUAGCAGAUUUCCUGGAAUCACAUUUCUGGAACGUCGUGCGCGCAAUGAAACUGCAAAAAUAAGUGCUUGCAAAACUUAUCGAUUUCGAAAAUGCUUUUUGUAAAUUGUCAUAUUAUAUAAGACGGAAAUAUUAUUAUGGAUUCCUUGCUUUCCUUAGCUGCUAUUUUUCUCGAGGAAGCUAAAUUUGUACUUUGAUGUCCGCCCAUGUUGGGACACUCUGUAUAUUUAGUCCAGCAGAAAUACUCUGCGCACGACGCAGGCGUAAUCAUUUAUCAAGUAACACUGAUUGCCGGUUUAAGUGACGGAUUUUUAGACACAUCAGUUUACAACGAGUAGAUUAGGAGAUGGAUUUUAUUUCUUUAUUUUGUUCGUUUGCCACACAAGUUAUACUGAUUAAUGAGUAAUUUAUUAACAAACUAUUUUUACGUAUUUAUACAAUAUUUAAUCAGUUAUCCGAAUUCUAAAAAUGUGUUUAUUUGUAUAUCGAAGUUAUUAAAAAUUUAAACGAAAUGUUAUUUAUAUAUAAAUGAAUGAAUUUCAAUUUUUAAUGUGUUAGCUUAUUAAUGUUGCAUGUGUAAACGAAUUAAAGUUACAUGCUCCAGAAGUUUAAUACAUACUUCAUCAAAUUACUUAAUGGUAACCAGUCAGUCAAUUUGAAUCUGUUUGCCUACCCUCUCUUUGUAAUUUGUUUGAUGUAUUAGAGAUAUUGGUCUAUUUAAGGACACAGUUCAUCUUUGGUACUUCAAAUAGACAGCAAUUAUGGAAAAGAAAAAUAUAAAAUCAACACCAUGGAUACUGCAACCUUGGAGCCUUCUUCUUCUUAUUAUGAUUCAAUUCCUAAUACAGUUUCUAAUAUCUAUCUAUCUUUAUACUUAUGUGGCUCGCGUGGAAUCAGAUGUAUUUGUCAUGCAAAAUCAAGACUUUUUAGACGUUCAAAAAUUAGAACGUAGGAAACGAAGCAGUGCAUUGCCUGUGACAGAAGAUAAUAAAGUUUCAGAUGCAUCUAGAAUAUGGCAAGAAAAGGAUACACUGAAAGAAUCCAAAAAAGUAACUUCAUCUCCUACGGUAAAGUCAGGUUUAACGUCUUCUCCAAUCACACCUAUGGGACAUGAUUGGGUGUGGCUGAAUGCAGAUACUCGUGUCCAGGUUGAUGCGAUUGAAAAUUUUUGUCGUUCUUCAAUGAAAUAUUGUCCACCGGGUUUACCAGGAGCACCAGGAAGCCCAGGAGCUCCUGGAGAACCAGGACUUCCAGGACUGCAAGGAAUGACUGGUCCAAAAGGACCACCUGGCUUAACUGGCCCUCCUGGACCUCGUGGGCCAAAAGGUGACAUUGGACCAUCUGGUUUUGAUGGAAGAGAUGGAGUACCAGGUGAACCUGGUCUUGAUGGAAUACCUGGACGUAGCGGUUUAGAUGGAUUACCUGGAAUAAAUGGUAAACCAGGGCUAAAUGGAUCUCCAGGUCGGCCUGGACGAAAUGGCACAGACGGGAGGCCUGGUCAAAUGGGACCACAAGGACCACCUGGACCGCGCGGAGAAGUGGGUCCUCCUGGUAGACCAGGCUUACCGGGACAAGAUGGCAGACCAGGGAUAACAGCCUGGAAGGUGAACAUGAAUGAUCACAAUAUAAAUGAUCUAUUAAUUCCACCUUCCAUUUUAGAUGAUCGAAUGUUACCUGCAACGUUAAAUUCUACUGGAUUAAUUUCUGUUUAUGAGGGAAUCAAUUUAAGAUUGAGAUGCGCAGCAAGUGGAAAACCCCAGCCUGUUGUUCAAUGGUUUAGAAGCGAUGGAGCUGUCAUUCCUAUAGGAUCUUGGCAUGUGACUUCUGCAAUUGGACCAACAUUUAACAUCAGUGUAGUAAACAGAGAACACAUGGGAGAGUAUACUUGUGUUGCUGAUAAUGGCGUUCCUCCUCAAGCAUUUAAAAAGUUCAAACUUCAAGUUAAAUUUCCACCGUUUAUUCGAAUACGCAAUCAAAUGAUCCGCGUACGUAGUCAAAGUACUGCAGUUUUGGAAUGCGAAGUUGAAGCAUACCCAGAACCAAUUGUUUCUUGGGAGCGCGAAGAUGGUCGUCGCCUUAAAAUGUCGUCUGACAAAUAUAGACUGGAAGUAUACGAUAAAAAAGAUUUAUACAAAUUUAAAAUGCGCUUGAAGAUCACGAAAAUAACGUUGGCGGAUCACGGUAUCUACUACUGUGUUGUUAAAAAUGAUAUUGAUACUACCAAAGGAUCAUUUAUAGUCGAUGAUGAUAUAAAAAAUAUGGAGAAAUUAAAGAUAGGAAAACAGCAGCACGUUACAUAUGGAAAGCCCGCACCGCAAAACAUUGAUUUAGAAGAACUUUGCGCACCGCAUGAAACUUGUUCAGCUUGUCCUGUUUUGAGAUGUACUUUUACAGAUGUUGCCGAAUAUUUAAAUAUUCAGCCACUCAAAAAUGUUAACUUCACUGGACUUCCGCCACGAUUAGCGGAUGGUGUAAUAGAAGUAGUAGGGAAACCUGUUUUAAAGGGUACAAUGGAUGAUCAUUAUGGAAGCUGGAUGCACGACAUGGCUAGAUCUGAUGGAUAUCCAGAUAAACUUUGGGUAACUCGAAAAAACGAAAGUUCCUUUAUUUUCGAAUAUAAAUCGAAAGAGCAUUUUAAAAAUACUAGCUCAUAUCCUAUCGCAUUACCUUAUCCAUUUCAGGGAAAUGGUCAUAUAGUAUAUAAUAGAUCAUUUUUUUAUAAUCCUAUAAAUCGAUCUUCAGUUUUUCGUUUUAAUCUUCAUUCUCUUUCCGACCAUAUAUGCGAUAAAGAAUUUGCGCGAUGUGAGUUGCAUCUUCCAGGAUUAUUGGUGAAUACAAGAAAUUAUCUUUAUACACCAAACCAUAAUUUCAAUUACAUUGAUUUCAAUGUUGAUGAGAAUGGAUUAUGGGUAAUAUAUGGUUUACCAUCAAACAAUACAGUAGUAGUUAAACUAGAUGCAAAUAAUAUGAAUAUACAACAUGCAUGGAAUAUUAGUAUCGAUAAUCAUAAAUUUGGAGAAAUGUUUAUUGCUGGAGGAGUACUUUAUGCUGUUCAUAGUGUCACUGAAGAAACAAUGAAAAUAGGAUUGGCAUUCGAUCUCUAUAAGAACAUUACAAUACCUGUUCAUUUAUCAUUUACAAAUCCUUAUCAUAAGACUACUGCAGUCACUUAUAAUCACAAGACCAAAGAGCUUUACACUUGGAAUAAAGGAAAUCAGUUAGCAUAUCCUAUUAAAUAUCAAGGUUUUACAAACGUUACCAAAGAAGAAUACAAAGGUAUAGAAAGUGGAAUAUGAAACACUGAUUACAUAAUACAAAACACUGAUAAGAUGACAUUAAAGUAUUUAUAGAUUACACAA